AGAUGAGAAGAUGCGAUAUAUAAGUCCCCGCAAAACCAUCUGUGUGCUAGAUUUCAAGCGUCUUCGAUUUCUUGUCAAUGGCGUCUUACAAGCUCAUUUUGAUAACCCUGCUCGCUCUCAUGUUUAUCUGCAGCACGUCUGUGCAAGCAAUGAGGCGCCAUGGAGGAAGAAUAAACCAUCGUCCAGGACCCCACCGUCCAGGACCUCACCGUCCAGGACCUCAUCGUCCAGGACCACAUCGUCCAGGACCAGGACAUCAUUCAGGGCGUGGACGCGGACGCGGGCGCUUUCAUCGUUUCUAAGUAAAGCACCUAAUCUUGGGAACACACUGGAAUUUGUUAUAUGAGCAUUAUAUGAAUAAAUGCAAAUUAUGAAAAAUGCGUAAUUUGUAGCAAUUUUACAUCUGUAUGUACCCCUGUGUCCUAAUGCAGAAAAGUUUCGCUUUCUAUUAGGUGUAAACCAGUGUAAACGUCCAGUGCGCGGUCACCGUUUCUAAUCAAAGUAUCUGAUCAUGUACAAGUAUUAGCAGUUUGGUUGCAUGAGCUUUCUUCAAAUAAAUGCAAG